AUGGGCGGAGCACGGACGGCGGACGUCGACAGCGACGCGGCGGCGCCGCAAGGCGGCGCACGCGCCGGCAACGUCUCGCAUAUCGGCAACAAACAUAAACGGCAAGAUUUGUACCAAAAAUACAGGAAGGAAAAGGCGAAGCGCAAGCUCCAGAAACGAUUGAAGCAGGCGAAAGCCGAGCGUGCGUCGAGCGAUGGCAAGGCCCUGAAAAAGGAACGACUUGCCAAGAACAAAACACGCACGAUCGAGAAUACGCGUGAGUACAAUCCAACGAUCCUCAAUGCACCCAACACGCACGAAGGACCUGCGUGGAUCCCUACAGAGUCUCCUGCCGUGCUGAAGGCGGCUCAGGACAACGACGACGACGACGAAGAGGAAGAGGAAGACGACGACGAUGACGACGAGGAAGAACCGAUCGCCGUAGAAGAGGACAACGAUGAAGAGGAAGAGGUCAUGGUCGAUCCGCAGCAGGCCAAGUACGACGUGGACGACGAUCCGACAGCGCCUCCGUCGAUCCUGCUAACGACGUCGCUGCCGUCCAAUUCGACCUCGCCUCAUCUUGUCUCAGCCAACGCACGCAGCCACCCAGCGGAAGCUGUGCGUGACUUUGUGAAGGAGCUGCUCAAUGUAUUCCCCGGCGCCGAGUACCGCCCACGGGCCAAAGCGCAAGGCGCGGGUCUCGGCAAGAUUUGCCGCUGGGCACGGGCACGUCGGUACGAUGCAGUGAUUGUCAUUGGCGAGUCGAACAAGAAGCCAUGCUCGCUCACGCUCGUGGCGUUGCCGCUAGGGCCUACCGCACUCUUCCGCCUCACGUCCAUUUCGCUGGGCAAAGAGAUUUACGGUCAUGCUCGGCCUACACCUCAUACACCAGAGCUGAUCCUGAACAACUUCACGACGGCGCUGGGUCACCGUGUAGGUACGCUGCUACAGCAUCUCUUCCCGAAAGUGCCGCAGUUGGAAGGCCGGCAAGUCAUCACGGCGCACAACCAACGAGACUUUGUCUUUUUCCGUCGGCAUCGGUACGAAUUCCGUUCCACCGACAAGGCGGCGCUACAGGAAAUUGGGCCGCGGUUCACGCUGAAGCUUGUGAAGCUGACGUCGGGCCUGCCGAAAGGAGCAGGGCCCUGGGAUGGACGCUUCGUCGACGAGUUGGAAGAAGCGCCGCUCCCUGCCUCCGAGACGGCCCCCAGCGCCACAAACGACGCCGCGGUCGCGGCCGAUUACUCGACCAACGACGGCGUGGAGUUUGCGUGGAAGCCCAAGAUGGGCGCGUCGCGACGCAACUUUUACCUGUAG